CCUAUGUAAACAGUGAUAUGGCCUAUUGCACAUCUCCAUGGGCGGUGUGUCCAGUGAAGAGUCCAGUGUGUCGAGGACUGAACUAAUCAUCAUGGUUUAAGAGCCUUUAAAAAAACAUGACCAGUGUCCUCUUUAGUGGACGUGAUGCUUAUUUGGCUUGUCGUCAUUUUUUGCCCGUCUAACCGCUUGAGGUUAGAGGAUUACCAGCAAUGAAGUGACCGGUCAGUCACCUAAAACACAUUCUCUCAUCUCUCCUCUCUCCAAAGACGAAGAGACGAAGGUUUAUUGCUCGGAUGACCAGGGCAGAGGGAAAUAAAAAGCGAGAUGCGGAGCAGGAGUAAUUCAGGAGUCCGGCUGGAUGCGUUCGCUAGACUCGUCCAUGAGACCAUCCUGUGCUACCAGAAUCCAGUGACAGGUUUGCUCCCGGCCAGUGCGCAGCAGAAAGAUGCCUGGGUCAGGGACAAUGUUUACAGCAUUCUGGCAGUAUGGGGACUGGGAAUGGCCUAUCGCAAGAAUGCUGACCGUGAUGAGGACAAGGCCAAGGCCUACGAGUUGGAACAGACUGUGGUCAAGCUGAUGCAAGGGCUGCUGCAGUGCAUGAUGAGACAGAUGGACAAGGUGGAGAAGUUUAAACACACACAGAGCACCAAGGACUGCCUGCACGCCAAGUACGAUACGUCCACCUGUGCUACAGUGGUCGGCGAUGACCAGUGGGGGCACCUGCAGGUAGACGCCACGUCACUGUAUUUGCUGAUGCUGGCACAGAUGACGGCUUCUGGCCUGCGUAUCAUAUCCAACCUGGAUGAAGUGGCUUUUAUACAGAACUUGGUGUUCUACAUCGAGGCUGCUUAUAAAGUGGCAGAUUAUGGCAUGUGGGAGAGAGGAGACAAGACAAAUCAGGGGAUUGCUGAGUUAAACGGGAGCUCUAUCGGAAUGGCUAAGGCUGCUCUGGAGGCCAUUGAUGAACUUGACCUGUUUGGAGCUCACGGAAGCCCGAAAUCCGUGAUCCACGUUCUACCAGAUGAAGUGGAGCACUGCCAGUCAAUCCUGUGCUCCAUGCUGCCUCGAGCCUCUACGUCCAAGGAGAUCGAUGCAGGUCUGCUCUCGGUCAUCUCCUUCCCUGCGUUUGCAGUUGAAGAUGCUGACCUGGUCAACAUCACUAAGGGUGAAAUCAUUUCCAAACUGCAGGGACGUUACGGGUGCUGCCGCUUUAUUAGAGAUGGCUACAAGACCCCGAAAGAGGAUCCGUCUCGGCUGCAUUACGACCCGGCAGAACUGAAGCUGUUUGAGAAUAUUGAAUGUGAAUGGCCAGUCUUUUGGACUUAUCUCAUACUGGAUGGUGUUUUUAACGGGGAUCAUGUACAGGUGCAGGAAUACAGGGAGGCUCUGGAGGGUGUCUUGAUCCGAGCUAAACAUGGCAUCCGGCUGAUGCCUGAGCUUUAUGCUGUACCUCCUGACAAGGUUGAUGAAGAGUACAGGAACCCUCACAGUGUGGAGCGAGUGACCACAGGCCAACUGCCUCACUUAUGGGGACAGUCUCUCUACAUCCUGAGCAGCCUGCUAGUCGAGGGAUUUCUUGCUCCUGGAGAGAUAGAUCCUCUAAACAGACGGUUCUCCACUGGAUUUAAACCUGAUGUUGUUGUUCAAGUCAGUGUAGUAGCAGAGACGGAGGAGAUCCAGGCACUGCUGAGGGAUAAUGGGAUUGAGGUGCAGAGUGUCGCUGACGUCCGGCCCAUCCGAAUCCUGCCAGCUCGUAUUCUGAGCUACAUCUAUGUCAAGCUGGGAAACUGCAGGAAGCUGAAUCUGACUGGACGGCCCUAUCGACACAUUGGUGUUCUGGGGACUUCCAAGUUCUAUGAGAUAAGGAAUCGUACCUACACCUUCACCCCACAGUUUAUUGACCAGCAUCAUUUCUACCUGGCUCUGGACAAUCAGAUGAUCGUGGAGAUGCUGAGGACCGAGCUAGCCUACCUCUCUUCCUGUUGGCGUAUGACAGGAAGACCCACACUCACCUUCCCGAUUACACAAAGCAUGCUGGUGGAGGACGGGGAAAGCAUCGAUCCUUGCAUCCUGUCCACUUUGAGAAAGCUCCAGGAUGGCUAUUUUGCAGGAGUGAGAGUUCAGAUGGCAAACCUCUCCUCAUUCCUUACUACCUCCUUCCACACCAAGCUCACCUUCAUGGACGCUGACUCAGAGGAGAACCUCGAAGAAGAAGAGGAAGAAGAUGACUAUGACGAAGAUGAAGAUAAAGUUCAUCGUUUUUCCAGCAGUGGAGGUUCCAAAGACGUUCUUGACCAGUACUUCGGCCACCUCCUGGAGAGCACGGCCACAAAGUCACAUCUCCCUCCCAUCCAGAAGGGGCAGGACCAUGUUUUCAGCGCUGAGCACACCACCAGGGACAUCCUCACCCUCAUGGCUCAGGUUCAGGGACGUAACAUGCCUAAGGCGUCUAUGUAUUUACCUGUGGUUCCCAUCAUGAACAAACACAGGAAGUCUCUGAACCUGCUGGAACUCCCACAUCCUCAACAUCACACUCCUCAACAAAACAAGGCUUCUGCUCCUGACCUUCACCUGCCCCGUGAUGCUCAGGGCAACACAGACUUUGCGGCGCUCGUGAAUCACCUGAAGGAAUGCCCCACGUUACAGGACCAGGCUGAUAUUCUAUAUAUCCUCUAUGCGAUGAAAGGUGCAGAGUGGAUGGUGAAUAUAUCGGGGCAGAAGGGAGCCACAGUGCACGCUCUGCUUGAGGAGCUCUACGUCAAGGCUGGAGCGUGUAAAGAAUGGGGACUUAUUCGGUACAUCUCAGGCAUCUUGAAGAAGAGGGUGGAGGUCCUGGCUGAGGCCUGUACUGAUCUGAUCUCACAUCAGAAGCAGCUGACCGUGGGUCUUCCUCCAGAGCCGAGGGAGAAAGUCAUCACUGUACCUCUCCCACCUGAAGAACUGAAUAAUUUGAUCUAUGAGGCCAGCGGUCAGGACAUAAGCAUUGCUGUACUUACCCAGGAAAUCAUGGUGUACCUAGCCAUGUACGUGCGCUCCCAGCCGAAUCUGUUCGGAGACAUGCUGCGCCUGAGGAUAGGCCUGAUCAUGCAGGUGAUGGCCACCGAGCUCGCCCGAAGUCUCCAGUGCUCAGGUGAGGAGGCAUCUGAAGGGUUAAUGAACCUCAGUCCAUCAGACAUGAAAAAUCUUCUUCAUCACAUCUUGAGUGGUAAAGAGUUUGGAGUGGAGCGGAGCGUGCGUCCCAUUGACUCCAUGGCCACCAGUCCAGCCAUUUCCAUCCAUGAGCUUGGACACACGGGAGCCACCAAAACUGAACGCACAGGCAUCAGGAAGCUGAAGUCUGAAAUCAAACAGCUGGAUGACUCCAAACCAAUCAGCAGGUGUAGCAGUCCUUCAACCCCCAGUGGCAUCAUGUCACCCACAGGUACAGGAGACACUCGCCUGCAGUGGGAGGAGCGCCAGGGCCAGUGGCUGAGGAGACGGCGUCUGGAUGGUGCUAUUAAUCGAGUGCCCAUGGGAUUCUACCAGAAAGUGUGGAAGAUCCUGCAGAAAUGCCAUGGCCUCUCAAUCGCAGGAUACGUUCUGCCCUCCUCUACUACCAGUGAGAUGACAGAAGGUGAGAUCAAGUUCGCCGUACACGUGGAGUCUGUGCUGAACCACGUUCCGCAGCCUGAGUACCGCCAGCUACUGGUGGAGGCCAUCAUGGUGCUCACUCUGGUGGCCGAUAUGGAGAUCCCCAGCAUCGGUGGGAUUAUUCACAUCGACCGGAUUGUUCAGAUGGCAAACGAACUCUUCUUGCAGGACCAGAAAUCUAGCGGGGCCAAUGAGUUUUUCCUGGAGAAAGAUCCUGCCACAGGAAUCUGCAACUUCUUCUACGACAGCGCCCCCAGUGGCAGCUACGGCUCUAUGACCUACCUGUCCAAAGCUGUGGUCACAUACGUCCACGACUUCCUCCCUGGUGGCAGCUGCCUGAUGCAGUGAGGAGAGCGGCUUCAGGAACCUCAGUGUGGGAUCAGUGAAUUUAAUAGCAGUCCUGCCUUUCACAUAGAUCACUUUAGACCACUGUGAAGCUGAUUUUACUGAUUUUUAUCUCCGUUAUUAACAAGCAUGUACUUUAAUAUUUCAUCUUAUUUAUUUCUCAAAUUGCUAGCUUACGUAAAUUAAUUACUUUUAAUUUAAAUAUUUAAUAAUUUAUCAUUUUAUUUAAAAAAUUCCUCAAACAGAGACCAGUAUCCCAUAAUGUUACAGUGAAAACACUGCCUCCAUCUGCUGUAUUGCUGUCUCUCUCUCUCUCUCUCUCUCUCUCUCUGUCUCUCUUUCUCUCUCUCUUUCUCUGUCUCUCUCUCUGCUUUUCUCUCUCUCUCCCUCUCUGUCUCUCUCUCUCUCUUUGUCUUUCUCUCUCUCUCUCUCUCUCUCUCUCUCUCUCUCAGUCUCUCUCUCUCUCUCUCUCUCUCUCUCUCUGUCUCUCUCCCUCUCUCUCUCUCUCUCUCUCUCAGUCUCUCUCUCUCUCUCUUUCUGUCUCUCUCUCUCUCUCUCUCUCUCUCUCUCUUUCUGUCUCUCUCUCUUUGUCUUUCUCUGUCUCUCUCUCUCUCUCUCUCUGUCUUUCUCUGUCUCUCUCUCUCUCUCUCUCUCGCUCUCUUUCUGUCUGUCUGUCUCUCUCUCUCUCUUUCUGUCUCUCUCUGUCUUUCUCUGUCUCUCUCUCUCUCUGUCUUUCUCUGUCUCUCUCUCUCUCUCUCUAUCUCUCUCUGUCUUUCUCUGUCUCUCUCUCUCUCUCUUUCUGUCUGUCUCUCUCUCUCUCUCUCUCUCUCUUUCUGUCUCUCUCUCUCUCUCUCUCUUUCUGUCUCUCUCUCUCUCUCUUUCUGUCUCUCUCUCUCUCUCUGUCUUUCUCUGUCUCUCUCUCUCUCUGUCUUUCUCUGUCUCUCUCUCUCUCUCUCUUUCUGUCUGUCUCUCUCUCUCUCUCUCUCUCUCUCUCUCUCUUUCUGUCUCUCUCUCUCUCUUUCUGUCUGUCUCUCUCUCUCUCUCUCUCUUUCUGUCUCUCUCUCUCUCUCUCUCUCUCUUUCUGUCUCUCGCUCUCUCUGUCUUUCUCUGUCUCUCUCUCUCUGUCUCUGUGGUUAUUAAUGCAUGUACCUAAUGUGUUGUUUUGGCACUUAUUGCUCAUGAAUACACCGUGUAAGUGUAAUGCUAAAUAACGCUCUAAUGCUAAUGAGAAUAGUACAGCAUCAUUUACUUUAUUUGUUAUAAAUGUACUGUAUUUGGGGCAUGUUUACAUGAAUGUGUUACACUGAGAUGAAUGUAAACCCAGAUAUGAAUAAGUACUGUACAUCAUUUCUUUACAGCUAGUGUUUCCUGAAUUGGGGAACUUUAUAGGAACAAGAAACAGUAUGUUUUAUUCCUUCCUAGAAGAGAACAUUUAUGUAAACACUUAGGCAAAAUGGGAAAGUGUUGGUUUUAUUUUUACUGUACAGUUGCUUCUCUCCUCUCACUGGGAGAGAUCACAGCUUCAUCUCUCAUGUCUGUUUAGUCAGUGUUUAUUUCACCUAAUCACACUGAGUGUAUAAAUGUGUUUGUUUUAUGAA